AUGUAUCUGACUUCUCAACUUAUUGAUGAUAGGCGAAGAGAUCGAGUAGCCAAAGCAUGUGCUCUGUGUCGCCGUAAGAAAAUCAAGUGUGACGGGAUGGUGCCAUGCAAUCACUGCCAAAAUCUGAAUAGUACCUGCUUCUACGAACUAGCCAAACAGCGCAAGCCAAGGGAAAAAAUAACUGAUAAUCUUCUGGACCGUUUAGGCAAACUUGAAGAGUUGGUGCAUGGAAUUGCCAACAAGAUGGAUACUCUCAUAUCCAUAGGAAGUGUACAACAUGCCCAAAUCGUGAUUCCAUCGCUGCUGCUCUUGCGUAGCACAGCCUCUGGAGGGGGUUCGAGUCCUGAGGAGGCAGAAGACUCAGAUGAUUCUGCUGAUGCACAGAAGUCGCUUGCGGCGCUGCAGACUAAGGAAACAUUCUUUGAGCAGUGCAAAGCUGUCAUGACCGAGACAUUCGAGGACGAUGUGACUCUGAGUACCCGUAAGACUCAACCUCAUUUCAAAGGUGCACAUCUCGGGUUCAGUAUGCUUUUCAGCCCACAGAGUAUAGGUUUCAUCCGCCUGAAGCUCCUGCCACAAGAUCAUUAUAUCACAGUCCCUUUGGAGUCCUUACUUCAUUAUAGUACUGCUUGGAAACGGGUUUUCCAGAGCGUUUGGACUGAGCCUCAGGUGCAGACGGCAGACCAGAUCAAAAGACUCAAGUUGGGAAUUUUCCCUCACAAUCGUGCUCUUAUGGACGAAUUUCUUCUAAUCCAUAAAUCAUGCGAGGUAGCUAUGAUUUGUCCGCCGGAGUUGGCGAAAGAGCUUUUUGAUUCAUACUAUGACAACAAGACGCUUCCUUCAGAGAAAAGAAGAAAAUUCUUGUAUUCAGAGUUGAUGAUCAUGAACUUGGUAAUUGCAAUUGGUGCGUCCUUGUGUAUCGAUAAUAAGAAUCCCCUUGGAGAGGACCACCCACUUCCUGUUGUGGAAAAGAUCUCUGUUACAGAGCUUUGUUCUUUACAAGAGGAAGUGUUCAUGAACUCCAUCUUCUACUAUAAUCGAAUUGCCGCCGUAUCAGAAGGAUUGAUGUCCGUACAAGCACUUAUGCUCAUGGUUGUCUAUUUAGAAAGCUGUUGGGUAAUCUCCGAUGUUAACUUCACCUUAGUCGGCACGGCGGUCAGAUAUGCACAGGAAUUAGGUCUCCAUCGUAUUGAGACAACUGCCCACCUACCGGAAGUGGAAAGGUUCCAGAGAAUUAAGCUUUGGUCUCUUUGUCAACACAUGGAUAUCGACAUGUGCUACCGCUUAGGUAAACCGCCACUGGUAAACAUUGUAGAUGUUUCUGUCCUCAAUUCAUUUAAUGAUGUUUCGAUAUCAGAUCAUGCCCGAGUUAUCAGGAAGGCUAUGUUAGUAGCUGCUGAUAAGUUUACAGUCGUGGAACAAUUCCUUCACUUCAAUGUAUUCAGAUUGUGUCAGAUUCAGUCUCUCAGCUAUGUGAAACUCUUCAGUGCUUCGGUUGAGUUCGAUAGCAUGAAUCGUGUUCAGGAAAUUGUUAAUUCCAUCAACUCAAAUUUGUUUGAGAUGGCGCUGCAGAUGCCCGAGGAUUGCCGUCCUAGAUUCUACUAUGAGGAAAAUUUCGACAAGUUGUCGCAAACUAUACGCACCGGCCGAAAUGCUGAUUUGGGUUACAUGCGUAGUUAUUUACUUCUCGGGUAUUUCAGCCAUCUCAUGACUGUCAACAGAGUUCCUUGUCAAGUGGUGGCUGAUGAGGGCGAAAAGCCAUCCUCAGAGAACUCAGAAUUCAGAAGGUUAUCGUUCGAAAGUGCGAGAACGAUCUUACACAUCAUAAGAAACAUCGAUAAGGAGCGGUUUCCCCACAAUGAAGUCAACUGGUUAGUCAGUUUCCCAUUUGCGGCAGCUGUCAAUAUCCUAUCUAACUGCAUGAACCAUUCAAAUGACAAGGAAACAUUAAAAGAUUUGAGCUUGAUUAUUGAUCUCUCCAUUAACUUUUUUGGCUAUUUUGGUCUGAAGGCUGAGAAUGAGCAUACAAGGCUUUUGUAUAUGCGUUUGCAAAUUAUUGAUUUGCUAAUCCGGAUCCUUUUGAGAAUCACUAUCAAAAUCGUUGAGGAAGGCAGGAGCAUAGAUAUUUUGGGAAGCAACCCUGCAUUGAAAGAGCAUUUAGAAGUGAUUGAGCAAAAGUACCCUCAGUUUUAUCGCAAAGCUGAAGGUGCAGAAGCGGUAUCAAGCCUAAUGAAGUCUAUUUGCCCCACAUUUCAUCCAAAGCUCCACAGAGACAUCAAAAAUGACAUUUUGAACGAUUUACCAUCUAAUAACUCGUCUAAUACCGUCUCGAGCUAUGUAUCAACACCAAAACGCACAGAUCCGGCUAUACCUAACAUAUUGCACCCUACAGACAGCAAGUGGGAGCAUGAAGUCAAUCAGAUGCCGAACUGGCAGUUUGGAGAUGACUUUUUUAAUUUGGCAAGUGAAGAGAUGAGUGGAAUGCCUAACUACUUUUUCGAUAACGGUCUUUAG